CAGGCCAUUAUCAACAUACAAUUCUUCAGUACGAAGCGAGUAAAAAGUUGCGUACAGUCACAAAAUGGGUCGCAAAGUGACGGUGGCAGUAUGUACCUUAAACCAGUGGGCGCUGGACUUCGAAGGCAAUAUGAGCAGGAUACUUCAGUCGAUCCAGGAGGCUAAGGAGAUGAGCGCUCUUUAUAGAACCGGACCGGAGUUGGAAAUAUGUGGCUAUAGUUGUGAAGACCAUUUCUACGAGCCAGAUACGUGUCUUCACAGUUGGCAGGUUCUCGCGGAACUCCUCAAAUCACCUACUUGCAAGGACAUGUUAAUCGACGUAGGCAUGCCAGUACAACACAGAAAUGUUCUAUACAAUUGCCGAGUCGCCUUUCUUAAUAAGAAAAUAUUGUUGAUCAGACCAAAGAUGAUGUUAUGUGAAGAUGGAAAUUACAGGGAGACUAGAUGGUUCUCCGCUUGGACCAAAGAAAGACAAGUAGAAGAAUAUUAUUUGCCUAGAAUGAUAACGGCUAUCACAAAUCAGUCUACGGUGUCCAUUGGUGACGCAGUGAUCGCUACUAGAGACACGUGUAUAGGUUUCGAAAUUUGUGAAGAAUUGUGGAAUCCAAAAAGCCGACACAUCCCUUUAAGUCUCGAUGGCGCAGAAAUUAUAUCCAACGGCUCCGGCAGUUAUAUGGAACUUCGCAAAGCAUACGUCACUGUAGACUUAGUCAAAAGCGCUACCUACAAGAGUGGGGGCGCGUAUUUAUUUAGCAAUCUGAGAGGCUGUGAUGGACAGAGGAUUUAUUUCAAUGGUUGUUCCUGUGUCGCUGUCAAUGGAGAAAUUGUUAGUCGUGGAUUGCAAUUUGCUUUGAACGACGUGGAAGUAAUAACAGCCACUAUAGACCUAGAAGACAUACGUUCAUACAGGACCCAGAUCAGAUCCCGGUCUCACCUCGCUGCGUCGAAUCCACCGUUCCCACGUAUCACUGUUGACUUCGCGUUGUCAGAUGACGACGACGUACAUUUGACGAUAAGUCCUCCGAUCGAGUGGAAGUAUCUGACGCCUGAAGAAGAAAUUGAAUUGGGUCCAGCGUGUUGGCUCUGGGACUAUCUCCGUCGAUCGGGGCAGGGUGGCUUCUUCUUGCCUCUGAGCGGCGGAGUGGACUCGACCAGCACCGCAUGCAUCGUAUUCUCCAUGUGCACGCAGAUAUGUGACGCUAUACAAAAAGGAGAAAGCCAAGUACUAUACGACGUACGCAAGAUUCUAUGUCAAUCUGAUUAUACACCGUCCGAUCCGAUGGAACUGUGCAACAGAUUGCUUGUCACCUGUUACAUGGCAUCGGAGAAUUCCAGUCAAGAGACCAAGCAACGAGCUAUGCAGUUGUCUAGUGAAAUAGGAAGCUAUCACUUUCCAAUAGUGAUAGACGCGGCAGUCAGCGCUGUUAUAGGAAUCUUUACUACGGCCACCGGACUAGUACCCAAGUUUAGGGGCAAGGGUGGCUGUCCACGACAAAAUUUGGCCUUGCAAAAUAUACAGGCUCGACUAAGAAUGGUGCUAUCUUACUUAUUUGCUCAACUAAUGUUAUGGGUCCGCGGCCGGCCAGGUGGCUUACUCGUAUUGGGCUCAUCAAACGUGGAUGAGGCUCUAAGAGGCUAUAUGACGAAGUACGAUUGCUCCAGUGCUGACGUCAAUCCUAUUGGAGGCAUUUCCAAGACUGAUCUCAAAAGUUUUCUGCAAUAUGCCAAGAGCCGAUUUUUCUUGCCGUCCCUUUCGGAAAUACUGCAAGCGCCGCCCACAGCCGAAUUAGAGCCUCUAGCAGACGGUCAAAUAACACAAACUGACGAACAGGAUAUGGGUAUGACAUAUGCUGAGCUGUCAGAGUUUGGGAGAUUGAGAAAAACUCAGCAUUGCGGCCCAUACAGUAUGUUCCAGAAGCUAGUACACACGUGGAGUGAUAAAUGUACUCCGCAGGAAGUAGCUGAAAAAGUCAAACAUUUCUUCCGCUGUUACGCGAUUAAUCGUCACAAGAUGACUGUCCUCACACCUUCAUACCACGCGGAAAGUUAUAGCCCGGACGAUAACCGAUUCGAUCAUCGCCCGUUCUUGUAUCGAGUGCAUUGGAAUUGGCAAUUCAAAGCUAUUGAUGACGCGGUGACGGCAAUGACGAAAGAUAAGCGCGCGAGUACUAGGGACACCGACCGUUCUCAAGUAAAGUCCGAUUUAAAUAAAAAGAAUGGCAGUAGCGCUAGUGCACCCAGUGUGAAUGCACCUUUUAACUUGCGUGGUGAGAGAAAAGGCGUGCUUAUUUAAACACUAGCACCAACUGUACUAGUGUGUGUACAGUGCAUUAUACAGUGUACCGGUGCGUAUAGUCACCUAAAUAAGUCGCUAAUCAUUUAGAUAUUUUCAUGAUAAAUUUAGAUCCACAAUAAGAAGUCACUUUAAAAUAUAUGUAACACUAAUUAAAAGUGAAUUUGAAUAGGUUCGUUUUACCGCUAUUUAUUUUGUUCAUCGAGUAUAUAACCAGAAAUAGAGAUGAAAUGUCAUUUAAUUUGUUUGAAAACUAUUCUGCCAAAUCAUUACACUCACAACUGCACUCCGAUUGGC